AUGUCUCAACACUUAAACGCCUCACUUUUACGGCUCAAGCUCAUUGAUGCGUUAAGAGCGGGCGAUGAAUCGAAGAUCGAUUCCGUGAUCAAAGAGCUUGAUUCCAUCGACUCAGUUGUCGAUACCACAGAAUUGGUGAGAUUGAGGGAGACGAUCCUUCAUUUCGCUGUACAGGUUGCCCCUUUGACUACGAUUCAGAAUUUGAUUGACAGCAAGGCUUAUAACUUUGAUAUCAAUGCUCAAGAUUCUGACGGUAAUACGCCUUUGCAUCUAGCUGCUGGGGCUUCUCGUUACAAUGUUGUGAAAUAUCUUCUCUCAUUGCCAGGAAUAAAUGACACGGUUACCAACGCGGAAAAUCAGCAGCCUGUCGAAUUGGCGAGGGAUGCCAAUAUCGCUCAAUUGAUGCAAUUUGAAAGGGCUAAGUUUGUUGAGAAAUCCGCCACUCAAUUGCGUCAAUACUUUAGUGCUAGAGACUUUGACAGUCUUGAACAACUUUUAGUUCUUAACCCAAGAGCUGCAGAACUUUUAGAUAUCAAUGGAGCGGAUCCCGAAACCGGAAAUACCGUGUUGCAUGAGUUUAUUGGUAAAGAAGACGUCGAAAUGUGUGAUUGGAUUCUCAAGCACGGUGGUGACCCCUUCAAACGUGACAAACGUGGGAAGUUGCCAAUAGAUUUGGUGAGCAGAAAUGAUCCGAUAAGAAAACUUUUGAAGCAUGCGUCCAAGGAUCUGAACAUCAUGGACUCGGUGGUAAGUGCAAGCAAUCCAAUGAAAACUGGAAGUGCUCCCACUUACAAAGGGUACUUAAGAAAAUGGACCAACUUCGCAUCUGGCUACAAGUUACGUUACUUUGUUUUGGAUCAGUAUGGAAUUCUCUCCUACUAUGCUGACCAAGGCGAUACAAAUAACGCUUGCAGAGGAUCAUUGAAUAUUGGAUUGGCAACUUUGCACCUUGAUUCCUCCGAAAAGCUCAAGUUCGAGAUCAUUGGCAAAAAUGGCAUCAAAUGGCACUUAAAGGCUAACCACCCAGUGGAGACAAACCGUUGGGUAUGGACCUUACAAAAUGCUAUCACCAUCUCGAAGGACAACUUGAGGCAAAGGAGAAAGGUCAAUUCCGAGAAUGCAAACUCCAAUGUCGCAACUAAUGAAGGGACUAGUAUUCGGGAGUCUUUGGACGAUGGAACUCGCUCCUCAAUCGACGAAGCCGGUCUUCAAGGGGACGACGAAAAGAAGAAGAAACGAUUGCAUCUUCUUCGUCGCAACAAGCACAAGAAGAGCUCGAGCCAAGUUUCUUUGAGUUCUUUUACUGGCUCAGAUCACGAGGACAACCUUCCAGUGGGAAAUUCGGAAAACAAAGGUACUGCGACUUCUCCCAACUUACUGCAAAUCAAGGAAAACAAACUCACUGACGUCAGGAAAAGCUUCGAUGGUGCCCAAUCAGUGAUGACGAAGGAAGAUUUUGAUUACGAUCUCGAUCACGAGUCUGAAGACUCAGACUCCCUCUCGAUUCUUAAUGGGCUGGGUGACCCAAGUCUGGACGAUGCUACGAGACUGUCUAGAGAUUCCAUGCUUGCCACAAAACGAUCCCUUCUUAUCGAGAUUUCAAGUCUUCUUGAUUUGUUCAAGGCAUUGAGUGACAAGAUUGAUAGCGAACCCUACAACGUUGGUCUAAAGACACUUUCUAACGUACACACUUUGAUUGAGCAAUACGACCAGCUGGUGCAAUCGCGAGAGAAGAAGCUUUUUAAACGUAUCGAGAGACAAGAUGAGAUAAAUAAGCUCUGGGAGUCCUCCAUCCGGCAAUUAGAGAGUGAAAUUCAGAAGCGUGAACAGACUUUGGCGCAAUUUGAGGGUAAAAAGUACAAGAUUAGAAAGCUCCUUGAGUCGAGGGGAAUACUGUCCCCGCAAGUUUCAAAUGAGCUGGCAAAUGGAUUCUUUUCAGCAACACCACCUAAUGCCCCGUCUGAAGCACAGCCAUCUGCUCAAGAAAAGGCUCAAUCAGCCGACUCCGCCUUGCUUGAGGAAAUCUUUCAUGAUUCGGAUGAUGAAUUUUUUGAUGCCGACGAAUUCGAUGAACCAGAUCAGCCGCAAACUAGUCGUAGUGCUGAGGUCGGUGGUACCGAUACACAAAGUGGCGAAAUUGCCACUGAAGAGGCAGGUGAUGCUAACAGGAAUACCGGGUUAGCUGCGACAGGUGUCGCAACUGGCGCAGCUUCUCUUUCCCGUUCUGACGGAGAUGCACCCCAAGAUCAGAGAAGUGACACGAAGGAUGUGGAACGAACAGAGGAACAGCCAGUGAUCGAGGGCCAGCCCAAGCUUGAAGUUGAACGUGCAGACAACGUCGCAAAUGAAGCUCAAGAGAAGGUGUUGAACAUCUUGACUCAGGAAGGCUCUUUCUUAGGUUAUGAGAAGCCUCCUCGGUCGAGGCUUGCUUAUGAUGAAGACAAUAGGCCCAAAGUGGGUUUAUGGGGUAUCUUGAAGUCAAUGAUUGGUAAGGACAUGACUAGAAUGACGCUUCCAGUAUCAUUCAAUGAGUGCACCUCCCUUCUUCAAAGACUCGCUGAAGACGUCGAAUAUAACGACCUUCUUCAAAAAGCUGCCUCUAUUGAGGACUCCACACUAAGGAUGGUAUAUGUUGCGGCAUUUGCAGCUUCAGAGUAUGCCUCAACUAUCAACAGAAUUGCCAAGCCUUUCAAUCCUUUGUUAGGUGAGACUUUUGAAUACGCUCGUCCUGAUCAGAAUUUCAGGUUGAUAUCCGAGCAAGUGAGCCAUCAUCCACCUAUCAGUGCAUGCAAGGCUCAAUCACCGAAGUGGGAUUACUAUGGAGAAAACGCUGUCGAUUCUCAAUUCAGGGGGCGUUCAUUUGAUUUCAAGCACCUUGGAAAAAUGUUUUGUGUGAUAAGACCGGAUAAGGGUGUGAAGUCCAAUAAGGGUGAAGUCCUUCAGGAAGAACUUUACAGCUGGAAGAAAGUUAACACCUCGGUGGUGGGAAUCAUUGUUGGUAAUCCCACCGUUGAUAACUACGGAAAGAUGGAGGUCACCAAUCAUACAACCGGAGACGUAAUUGUCGUGGAUUUGAAGCAAAGGGGAUGGAAAGCUUCAUCAGCCUACCAAUUAUCAGGCACUGUGAACGACAAUAAAGGAAAUUCUCAUUGGGCCAUAGGAGGGCACUGGAACCUGAAGAUAUUUGCUCGUAAAGUGUCUGAAACGUCCGAGAAAGCCAGAAGAGAUUCAUUGAUCGACUCACAGGACGCCAAGGCUAGCGAGGAUCCUUAUUCUGGAGCUAAAUUUUUAGUGUGGCAGGCUGCACCUCGCCCGAAGGUGCCGUUUAACUUGACUUCAUUCGCGUUGACUUUGAAUGAUCUCCCUGAGACUUUGAAGCCAUGGUUAGCGCCCACCGAUACGAGAUUGAGGCCCGAUCAGAGAGCCAUGGAAGAUGGUAGAUAUGACGAGGCAUCAAAUGAGAAGCACAGGGUUGAGGAGAAACAAAGGGCUGCGAAAAGGAAGAGAGAGGCCACAAGAUCUACUUACAAACCAAAUUGGUUCGUGAAGAAGCAGCAUCCAGUCACCGGUGAUAACUAUUGGCAGUUUAACGAAGAAUACUGGAAACUCAGAAAGGAGAAGAAGCUUGAAGGUACAGGCGAUAUUUUUUAG